UGGACACCACCCAGCCCAGGAUCAUGGAGCUCAGCGUCCUCCUCUCCCUGGUGCUCCUCACUGGCCUCCUCCUUCUCCUGCUCAGGGCUGGCUCAAAGGCCCGUGGCCACCUCCCUCCGGGGCCCCGGCCUCUGCCCUUGUUGGGGAACGUUCUGCAAAUGGAUAGACACGGGCUCCUGAAAUCUUUCCUGCAGCUUCGAGAACGGUAUGGGGAUGUGUUCACCGUGUAUCUGGGAUCAAGGCCGGUGGUCAUGCUGUGUGGGACUGACACCAUCCGGGAGGCCCUGGUGGACCAGGCUGAGGCCUUCUCUGGCCGAGGGACGAUUGCCAGCGUCCAGCCAAUCUUCCAGGACUAUGGUGUGGUAUUUGCCAACGGGGAGCGGUGGAAGACCCUUCGGCGGUUCUCUCUGGCCACCAUGAGGGAUUUUGGGAUGGGGAAGCGGAGUGUGGAGGAGCGGAUCCAGGAGGAGGCGCAGUGUUUGGUGGAGGAGCUGCGGAAAACCAAUGGGGAACUCGUGGACCCCACCUUCCUCUUCCAGUCCAUCACGGCCAACAUCAUCUGUUCCAUCGUCUUUGGAGAACGAUUUGACUACAAAGAUCACAACUUCCUGCACCUCCUGGACAUGUUCUAUCAGAGCUUCGCGCUCAUCAGCUCCUUCUACAGCCAGGUGUUUGAGCUUUUCUCCAGUGUCAUGAAGCACUUUCCUGGGAAGCACAGAGAGAUCUACAAAAACCUGCAGGAGGUCAACGCGUUCAUUGCCCAGCGUGUGGAAUGGCACCGGGCAACCCUGGACCCCAGCAUGCCGAGAGACUUCAUCGAUACCUACCUCCUGCGCAUGGACAAAGAGAAAUCCAACCCUCACACCGAGUUCCACCAUCAGAAUCUCAUCAUUUCCUUGCUCUCGCUCUUCUUUGCGGGCACCGAGACCAGCAGCACCACCCUGCGCUUCGGCUGCCUCAUCUUGAUGAAGUUCCCCCACGUCGCAGAGAGAGUCCAAAAGGAAAUCAAGGAGGUCAUUGGCCUUCACCGCCCGCCAGCCCUCGAUGACCGCACCAAAAUGCCCUACACCGACGCUGUCAUCCACGAGAUCCAGAGGUUCUCUGACCUCCUCCCUAUCGGGGUGCCUCAUGUGGUCACCAAGGACACUGAGUUCCGAGGGUACAUCAUCCCCAAGAACACUGAAGUCUACCCCAUCCUGAGUUCUGCUCUCCAUGACCCACACUACUUUGCAAAACCAGAUGAGUUCAACCCUGACCACUUUCUGGAUGCCAGCGGGGCAGUGAAGAAGAAUGAUGCCUUCAUGCCUUUUUCCAUUGGGAAGCGCAUCUGUCUCGGUGAAGGAAUCGCCCGGAGUGAAUUAUUCCUCUUCUUUACCACCAUCCUUCAGCACUUCUCCUUGGCCAGCCCCAUGGCUCCGAAGGACAUUGACCUGUCCCCCCGUGAGUGUGGCGUGGGCAGAGUGCCCCCCACCUACCAGCUGCGCUUCCUGCCCCUCUGAACCGCAGAAGAGGGCUCAGAGGAUUUGAGGUCAUGAAAUGUCCCCCACCUCUGUAGGAAAGCCUUAUCCACCAUCUUGGAUGUGAACAGUCUCUCAUGUUCAUAGCUUGACCAGGUCUUUCUUCUCCUCUAAACAAUUGCAAGCUGGGUGCUGAUGGCUCACGCCUGUCAUCCUAGCUACUCAGGAGACUGAGAUCUGAGAAUCAAAGUUCAA